AGAGAGAGAGAGAGAUCAGAUGGGGGUGCAAAUGGUAUUUCAGAUCAUUUUGGUAUUGUUUUCAAUUGAUGCAAUAUUUGUACAAGCAGCUGCGGGUUUAGCAAGUAAUGGUUCAUGUAAUGCAAGCUGUGGGGAUGUUAACAUCCCAUUUCCUUUUGGAAUAGGAGCUGCAGGUUGCUACGUUGAUGAGUGGUUUGAAGUAGUUUGCAAUAAUAAUGACUCUUCGGCCUCUCCCAAACCUGUUUUGAAGAAGUUCGAUUUGGAGGUGCUCGACAUUUCAUUAGGAGGCACAGUUCACGUCAACUAUCCUACAUUUGUUAUCUGUGAAGGACGUGAUAGUGGUUCAUGGAACAAAGCAAAUACAGAGUUAGCAACAAGCCCUUUCAUCUUCUCCCAGUCCCUUAACAGAUUCAUCGCCAUCGGCUGCGACAACUUUGCCUCGAUGGUGUACUUAUAUGGUCCAAAUACUGCUGAUAAUAGUUCAUUUACUAGCGGUUUAGAACUUAGGGCUGGGUGCAUAUCAAUUUGUGACCGUACUUUCAUUGAAUUGGUAAAUGCAAGUAGUUGCAAUGGCAUCAACUGCUGCCAAACCACAAUUCCUUCAUAUCUCGAUGCCUUCAAAUCAAGCAUGGAGCGAACAAAAAGAAACAACAACCGUUACUCGUUCGAUGGAUGCAAGUCUGCAUUCUUGGUAGAAGAAAAGUGGUUCCAAAGACGUUCAAUUAAUAGGAAGUCCAUUAGAUCGCAAGUGCACGUUCCUGUGGUGUUGGAAUGGAGGAUUCCUGAUACAUCAUUCUACUCACUUCCAAUAUCCUAUAAUAAUGCCUCCGCCUCCACCGCUUAUAAUAAUACGUUCCCAAGCUACAAUUGUUCUAAUAUUACUUACAAUUAUACUUCUUCGUUGUUGUAUGACUACUGGACUCCGAACUCGACUUAUACAUGUUCUUGCGAAAAUGGCUUUGAAGGAAAUCCCUAUCUUCCUGAUGGAUGCCAAGAUAUUAACGAAUGCGAGCUCUCAAAUCCUUGUUUCGGGACUAGUGGGAGUGUCCAGUACUACUGUCAAAAUACUUAUGGGUCUUACAAUUGUUUGACAAGUGGCCCCACCAAGUCUAAUGGAAAAGCGGCCACGAUAGGUAUUUGCAGCAGCGUUGGAUCGAUGGUUCUACUUAUUGGUGGAUGGUGGUCCUACAAAGUGGUAAAGAAAAGGAGGAGGAUUAAACAAAAGAACAAGUUCUUCAAACGAAAUGGUGGUUUAUUGUUACAACAACAAUUAUCUUCACAUGAAGCCAAUGUUGAAAACACCAAAUUGUUUAAUUCAAAAGAUCUGGAGAAGGCCACUGAUCGUUUUAAUGUGAAUAGAAUACUUGGCCAAGGAGGACAAGGCACUGUUUACAAAGGCAUGUUAGCAGAUGGAAGAAUCGUUGCUGUGAAAAAGUCCAAGGUUAUUGACGAAGGAAAACUCGGAGAAUUUAUUAAUGAAGUUGUCAUUCUUUCACAAAUUAACCAUAGGAAUGUGGUUAAGCUGAUUGGUUGUUGUUUGGAGACCGAAGUUCCUCUUCUAGUUUAUGAAUACAUUCCUAACGGAACUCUUUUCCAAUAUGUUAAUGGACAAAUUGAGGAGUUUCCACUAACAUGGGAUAUGCGCUUGCGAAUUGCAACUGAAGUAGCAGAAGCUCUCUUUUACUUACACUCAUUAGCUUCCUCGCCCAUUUAUCAUCGGGAUAUUAAGUCUACAAACAUACUCUUAGAUGAAAAAUACAGGGCUAAAGUAGCUGACUUUGGGACUUCAAGAUCCAUCACAGUUGAUCAAACUCACUUAACAACCCUAGUGCAUGGCACUUUUGGAUACUUGGACCCUGAGUAUUUACAAUCAAGCCAAUUUACAGAAAAGGACAGACAGGCCUUAUGCUUGAUGGGAAGUGCAGUGGUAGUUCGUGACCAGUUGGGGAGGCUGGUGGUGGCCAAAUGCUCUAUCCAAAAAGGAAAUCCCACUCCUUUGGUGGCGGAAGCGUUGGCUGCAUUGUUGGCGAUUCGGUUGUGCAAGGAGAUGGGAUUUGAUCAAGUCCAUUUCGAAGGAGAUGCAAAAGGUGUAGUCGAUGAGGUAAAUCGUGAAGAGGUCAAUCGGAGCAGCCUGGGGAUCGUACUGGAGGACCUGAAGAUUGAGCUGAUGUUUGCGAAGGCGUACGUGGAGAUGGACGUUUUCGUCGCUAGAAGUCAAUGCAAUGACUUUUUGCGAUAUCCUUCAGGAGGACGGAAUCACCCGUGUCUUGAUAUAAUUCAAUCUUGA